GUGGGUCUACAGGGAACACUUGGAAAAGAGGGUCAAAAGGGCAGUAGGGGUGAACCUGGCGAUAAUGGAAGAACAGGACUCAGAGGAUCAAGAGGUCGAGCAGGCCAACAUGGCCCAUCUGGUGUACCUGGAAUAGUGGGUUUAAGAGGUCCAGUUGGUGAUGAGGGACCAGAAGGAAAGCCUGGGUGUUUCUGGUUCAGCUGGAAGCCCAGGGGAUAAAGGACUUGAUGGAUUUAAGGGCAUGAUUGGAGAACCAGGAAAACAAGGCCACCCAGGUUCACAGGGCCUAUCUGGACGACCAGGCCAGGAUGGCAUCCAGGGCCCUCCUGGUGAGAAGGGCUUUACUGGAAAACCAGGCAUGGCAGGGGCUCAAGGGCCUGUAGGCAUGUAUGGUUAUCCAGGAGCUACAGGCCUUCGUGGACAGCUAGGUCACAUUGGGGAGAGGGGUGAACCUGGCAUCAGGGGACCCCUGGGUCCACCAGGACAAAGAGGGCCACCUGGUUUCUCAGGCAUACCUGGUGAGAGGGGCCCACGUGGACCACCGGGUCACCGAGGGGAAACAGGACCAUCUGGUUUGCAAGGACUGCCAGGGCCCUCUGGUCUGCCAGGGACUGAAGGUGUAGCUGGGACGCCAGGCGCCUCAGGGAGCCAGGGACUUCGGGGGCCACAGGGAAAACAGGGACCAGUUGGAUUGCCAGGUUCACUGGGAACAAGUGGAAUGGUUGGUCAAGCAGGAGAGAAGGGAGGGCAGGGUUUGCGAGGCCCUUCAGGCGACCAUGGAUCUUUAGGAUUGGAUGGAGCACAGGGCAAUCCUGGUCCAGUUGGUUUUGAGGGUCCAAUAGGGCAAAAAGGGGAACAUGGAUCACCUGGACCCAUUGGUAGGCCUGGUCCAAAUGGACAUCUGGGAGAACAGGGGCCUCAGGGCUCUCAUGGAAUGCAGGGCGCACCAGGACCACAUGGUAAAGAGGGAGGUAUUGGACCUCCAGGUGAUAUUGGAGAACCUGGGCCUAAAGGACAAAAGGGUGACCCUGGACAUCGGGGGUUCUCCGGAUGCCAAGGCCCAUCUGGAUUUGUGGGGGACAGAGGAGAUCGAGGAGUGAGGGGGAACAAAGGCUACAUUGGUCUACAAGGUCAGAAUGGAUUGAUGGGAAAGACUGGUCCAUCUGGUUUAAUGGGUCUAGAGGGUUUGAUGGGCCUUCGGGGACCACCAGGACAAAAUGGUUCACCAGGCCCAAAGGGGGGAACUGGAUCACCUGGGGUGCCUGGCUAUCCAGGGGAUCAAGGCAAUCGGGGAAUAGCUGGGCAGAGAGGCUUGCAAGGGGUUAUGGGGAAGACAGGAACUCAGGGAGCUGUGGGUCCCAGAGGCUCUGAGGGCUUAUUGGGUCCAAAGGGUAUGCCAGGACAAGAGGGACCUAAAGGUGAACCAGGAAGACAAGGAAGUCCAGGGCAGAUGGGACCACCGGGCCUCCAUGGCACUAAAGGACACUCAGCAUUACCAGGAAGGGAGGGACUUCCAGGGGAAAUGGGAGCUCAGGGCCCUUUUGGCCCACCAGGGCCACAAGGUCCAAAUGGCAAAUCUGGGCCUCAGGGAAGGGAUGGACCGAAAGGUCAGAAGGGAAAUUAUGGUCUAGAUGGACCUUCUGGAAAAACUGGGCGUGUAGGGGAGAGAGGGAAAAAAGGAAAAGCAGGUCAGAGGGGUCUCAGAGGACCUAGAGGGGAGAAGGGCCGACAAGGAGCAAUGGGAAAGACUGGACCUCCUGGCAAACCAGGACAAUAUGGUUUACCAGGCAUUCGAGGCGAGAAAGGAGAGAGUGGGAAAAAGGGCUUUGAGGGAGAGAAGGGGGAACUUGGACCACAUGGUCCUCCAGGGGGAGAUGGACUGAAGGGGGAACAGGGCCUACCUGGGGAAAAAGGGAGACAGGGGCUGAAGGGAGAGCAGGGGGAUAUUGGCCCAACAGGUCAAAGAGGGACCCCUGGUCUACCAGGGAUGCCUGGCCUGUUUGGAGAAAAGGGUUUAAAAGGAUAUCCAGGACUAACUGGUCCCGAAGGAAAGAGGGGACCUCCUGGUCCACCAGGCUUUCCAGGUCCACCGGGCUUCUCUCUGAACCUAACACUGACUCAGCUAAAAACCCUGCUGGACUCCCUUCAGCAAGACCUGCGAUCCUUCAUCGAUCCUCCAGAUGGCUCUAAGGAGCAUCCAGCCACCACCUGCUUGGAGCUGAUGAUCAGUCAUCCUAACUUGACCAGUGGAAUGUAUUAUAUCGACCCAAAUCAGGGCAGUCCUGCUGAUGCUUUGCUGGUUUAUUGUAACUUCAGUGCAGGUGGACAAACAUGUUUGCCACCACUGCACCCACAGAUCCCCAUGAAAUCAUGGCUCAAAGACACCAUGCCAGACUCAUUUACAUGGUUGAGCACUAUACAUGGCGGCUUUCAGUUUGAUUACAUGGAAACUGGUGUGGUACAAAUGAGAUUCCUACGACUCAACAGCAAGUUUGUGAAGCAGAACAUCACAUUUUCAUGCCAGCCAAACAGCCACCAGGCCUCCAAUGAAAGAGACAUCAAGUUUCUAGCAGAUUCAAGAAAACAGAGCUUCUUGGGAACAUCACUGGACUGUGAACCUGUAGCGUCCCCGUAUAUAGGCCCUCGGGAGUCUGUGUUCCAGUUUGAGACUGAAGACCUGGAGCUUUUACCAAUCAGAGACCUGGCUUUAUUUGGCCACAGCGACACAACAGAACAGUUUCAGUUUACUGCAGGACACGUCUGCUUCAACUAAAACACAAACACUCAUUGAGGACUACCCUUACCGAGUAGCUCUCUGCUGAGAAAGGCAGAGCCAAGAACAAUUAGCAAAAUCAAAUCAGGACUUUCUUUCCUCUACUGUUCUCCAUCUGCUGAGGGAAUGGAGGUUCCUGAUGAAGUUUUCACCUUCAGUUUACAGUGUACCUUCAGUACUGUAAACUGAUUUGUUGUCUAGUGGCAACAGCAAUCAGAUGUGCAGCUUCUCAUGAGGAGAUGUAAUAUAUUGUUGUUUACUGUUUACAAUGCUUGUUUUCUGUUGAUUAUUUAUAUAAUGCCAGGAUGUUACUUCUCACUUUAAGAACAAUUCACCUCCACAAACCCUGAUUUCCUCAACAAAAACAACAACAUUCAAUUCAGGUUUUGUUGGACCUUCUGAUAAAGAGCAAUGUGAUAUACAUUACAUGACCAGAAGAGUAUGAACACUUUAACACCACACUUGUAUGUGCUUGAUGAACAUUUCAUUUUAGGUUUGUCCACUCUAUACUGCUGUAACAAGUUCUGUUCUUCUUGGAAGGCUUUUAAACAUGGGUGGUCAUGUGAUGGAUGUUGCACUCAAAUCAACUAUUAUAUAAACGAUGUGCCUCAGAUAUAUAUCAGGCACUGCAUGUGAAGUCUAAUAACAUGAUUUAAUUAGUACAAAGAAUAUUUUUGGUCAAACAGUUGCUCUUGGACCAUUGUUUUAAUGGUGGAUCCAGUGGAAUUUACGGUAACACUUUCUAUGAAGCCUGUAUUAAUACAUUAUAAGGGUAUUCUUAAGGCAUUGUAGUGAAUGCAUAAUGCAUUAUAAAAAAAACUUAUAGUUUUUAAGAGUUUGAUUAUUUAUAAAACAAUGAACGUUCCAUCCACUUUUACAAUGGAUUCUAUUUCUCAUGGUUAUAAUGUAUUGUAAGUCUCAUAGCUUGCCAUUUUUCCUAUGCUACUUAAAGCGUUCAAAGACCACUUAUAAGCAGUAAUAAUAAUAUUUUAAAAAUUAUCUCAAACAGCCAUUAGAUCAGAUAUCACAUUCAGAUGAAUGUGGAAUAUGACACAUUUACUUUGAACUAUUUUAAUUGUAAUAUCAGUUUGAUUAUUUUAUAGACAGCUGUAAAUAAGUAACUCUGCAGCUACAUAUCAACUAGCAAUCAUUAGAGUAUUAGUAUGUCUGCUACUGUUAAUAUACUGUAUGCUAACACUUUAUUUUGAUGGUAAUGGUAAGUGUCUUUGCAAGUACGUCAGCUUAUUCUAUCAUACUAGAUUCUACCAUUCUUGACCAUAUUAAUACUCUAAUGAGGGUUAGUUGGCAUCUAGUUGCAAAGUUUCCUAUAGUUGAUUGAUUAAGGGGACCAUCAAAAUAAAAUGUAACCAUAUAAAACAUAGCGUUUUUUUAAUUGGUGUAUUUAGCUCACAUCAUUUCAUUAACAUUAGCUCCACAGGAAACACUCAAAUAACACUCAACAUCUAACCACUCACAAGCUGUAGUAAGAUAUUGUGCAGAUCUUAAACAAUGUCAAGAUAUGAUACAGUCCAUUAUACUGUAAAUGAAGUAGAUUUAAUAUGGUGUUCAUUGUGUGUUAUAAAUAAUCAUACUCUUAAACUUAUAAACACAAAUAUGUAAGUAUUAUGUAUUAUAAUUUUUGUUAUGAUUAUUCAUGAGUUGAUAUAUACGUUU